AUGUCCAGAGAAGGUUUCCAGAUUCCAACAAACUUAGAUGCUGCUGCUACUGGUAGUGCUCAAACUAGACAAGCCACUUUAAAAUAUAUUUGUGCUGAAUGUUCCAGUAAGUUAUCAUUAAGCAAAACAGAUCCAGUUCGUUGUAAAGAUUGCGGUCAUAGAAUUCUAUUAAAGGCUAGAACAAAGAGAAUGGUGCAAUUUGAGGCUCGUUAA